CCCCCAGGAGCCGCCUGUUGCGCCGCCCGCUCCUCACUCGGACGCCCCUGAGAUGCCCAUGUGUGCUGCGGAGCGUUACGCGAUGGACAACAUCGAGGCCUUCAUCCGGAGAACAGAGCCUCAGAAUGAGGAGCAGAAGAUGAAAUUCCUGCACAGCAUCCGCAGCAUCUGCAACACCGCAGCGGAGAGGAACACGGUGCAGGAACUGCGCGUCUUCUGCCACCAGAACAAUCUUGUGGAGAACAUCAUGGUGCUGCUGGCAGAGGAGCCGCACGAGAAGCUGAGCUCCGAACUGCGGCUGCAAGCGAUGGCCGCCAUCACCGCCCUCAGCAAGGUGGAAGGGGUGUUGGAGAAGAAGAUCCCUCUCUUUGUUGUGUGCUUCCAGAGCGUCUUCCUGCUUCCUUCGGAGCAGGACCUGGACACUCACCUUUACUCUCAGACUCUCUGGGCUCUGGAUGAGAUGCUGGACACCUUGGUGUUCAUCCACCCCACUGCCAGCAUUGGAGAGGAGCUGAGAAACGUCUUCCAGGUGCUGCUGCCCUUCACCUCCAUGCAGAACUCGGCUGCGCGCCAGAGGGCAGUGGGGCGCAUCUGGAAGCUGAGCCAUUUGCUGGCGCAUCACUGCCAGGAGAAGCCCCAUCACUCCUCGGGACAGUCCAGAUCCAUCUGCUAUGACGAGUUCCACCUGCCCGUGCUGGGGCAGCUGGUGGGAAGCCUCAUCCUGUGCUGCGCCUUCCAGGAGGAGAAAACGCAGCGCUGUGCUUUGAGCGCCCUCCGUCACCUCUACACUUUUAUCCUGCGGAGAAGCCGUAAGAAGACGGCCGCUGACCGCCUGCAUCCAUUGCAAACGUCCCGCGGGGCCGAGCGUGGAUGGCGCUGCGUCAGCUGCUGCUCAGAGCAGUGA